CUCAUUGGGGUGGAGGAGAAGGCGGUGGCCGUGUGGUCCGCAGGGGCAACAGGAGCGACUAAUACGGCUCACAGGUUAUUCUUCCUGCAUGGAAGGUCACUGGGCUGCCUUGGGGGAAAGUCUGCUUCCAGCAUCCGGCAGCAUCUGGAGAGGCCUCUUCACUGGUCAGGAAGGAUGUAGAGAUGCAAGCUUCCACUAAGGUUUCCAUGAGGAAAAUAUGAAGAGUAGAGGAAAUUAUUAAGAAGUAGGAGAAUGGACUGCUGAAUUAUGAAGUAUUCCAGACCCAGGAGGAGAACAUCACUCUGCCACUCACUCCCUUCUCCCCUACUAGUUAUUUAAAUUGGACUUUUAAUAUCCUACCAGCUGCUCUUCAGACACACAUGGUGCAUUGUUGCCAUUCCCCAGAUUGCAUCUCUGAAACACAGGCUCUUAGUAACCUUCAGCAAACAAAGAGGCCGCCUCCCGGGAACGCUUGCUGGGAGGGUGUCACCCUGACUGCCCUCUAGCUUCGGCUGGCUCUGGAUUGGAAUUCCACCAUGGAGCCUCGCAUGGAGGCCUGCCUGGCACAGGUGCUGCAGAAGGAUGUGGGGAAGCGACUGCAGGUUGGCCAAGAACUGAUAGACUAUUUCUCAGACAAACAGAAGUCUGCCGACCUUGAACAUGACCAGACCACAUUAGACAAACUCGUGGACGGACUCGCUACCUUUUGGGUGAACUCCAGCAAUUACAAGGUGGUUCUCCUGGGCAUGGACAUCCUGUCCUCGCUGGUCACCCGGCUGCAGGAUCGGUUCAAGGCACAGAUCGGCACAGUGCUGCCAAGUUUAAUAGACAGACUGGGCGAUGCUAAAGACUCUGUGAGGGAGCAAGACCAGGCCCUGCUGCUGAAGAUCAUGGAUCAGGCUGCUAACCCCCAGUACGUGUGGGACCGGAUGCUGGGAGGCUUCAAGCACAAGAACUUCCGCACCCGGGAAGGCACGUGUCUCUGCCUGGUCGCCACACUCAACGCCUCUGGAGCACAUACCUUAACACUAAGCAAGAUCGUGCCACAUAUAUGUAACCUGCUCGGAGAUCCAAACAGCCAGGUUCGAGAUGCAGCAAUAAACAGCUUAGUGGAAAUUUACAGACAUGUAGGAGAACGUGUGAGGGCAGAUCUCAGUAAGAAAGGAUUGCCACAGUCCCGGUUGAAUGUAAUUUUUACAAAAUUUGAUGAAGUCCAAAAAUCUGGAAACAUGAUACAGUCUGCAAAUGAUAAAAAUUUUGAUGAUGAGGAUUCUGUGGAUGGUAAUAGACCUUCUUCCGCCAGCUCUACGUCAUCCAAAGCUCCAGCAAGCUCCCGCAGAAACGUUGGCAUGGGGACCACCCGCAGGCUCGGCUCAUCCACUCUCGGAUCCAAGUCUUCAGCUGCGAAAGAGGGGGCUGGUGCUGUUGAUGAAGAGGACUUUAUUAAAGCAUUUGAUGAUGUGCCUGCAGUCCAGAUUUACUCCAGCCGAGACCUUGAGGAGUCCAUAAACAAGAUUAGGGAAAUAUUAUCUGAUGACAAGCACGAUUGGGAGCAGAGAGUAAAUGCUCUAAAAAAGAUUAGAUCUUUACUAUUGGCUGGUGCUGCUGAGUAUGAUAACUUCUUCCAACAUUUGCGUCUUUUGGACGGAGCCUUUAAACUAUCGGCUAAGGAUCUGCGGUCUCAGGUAGUGCGGGAGGCUUGUAUCACCUUGGGGCAUCUGUCAUCGGUGCUGGGGAACAAGUUUGACCAUGGAGCUGAAGCCAUUAUGCCAACGAUCUUUAAUUUAAUUCCGAACAGUGCCAAAAUUAUGGCCACCUCUGGUGUUGUAGCUGUUAGGUUAAUCAUUCGGCACACACACAUCCCUAGGCUAAUACCCAUCAUAACAAGCAACUGUACCUCCAAGUCUGUCGCCGUUAGAAGGCGCUGUUUUGAAUUUUUAGAUUUACUUUUACAAGAAUGGCAGACACAUUCACUGGAACGACACAUAUCAGUAUUAGCGGAAACAAUAAAGAAGGGAAUACACGAUGCUGAUUCAGAAGCACGGAUAGAAGCCAGAAAGUGUUACUGGGGUUUCCACAGUCACUUCAGCAGGGAAGCGGAGCACCUGUACCACAACCUGGAGCCCUCCUACCAGAGGGCUCUGCAGAGCCACCUGAAGAGCUCGGACAGCGUGGUGUCGCUGCCCCAGUCGGACCGCUCGUCCUCCAGCUCGCAGGAGAGUCUCAAUCGGCCGCUCUCCGCCAAGAGAAGCCCUACUGGCAGUGCCACCUCCAGAGCUUCCACAGUCAGCAGCAAAUCCGUGUCCACCACGGGGUCCCUGCAGCGCUCUCGAAGCGACAUAGACGUGAACGCAGCCGCCAGCGCCAAAUCGAAGGUCCCCUCGGCUCCCGGUGCAGCGCCCUUCAGCUCCGCGGCGGCCUUGCCUCCGGGCUCGUACGCCUCCUUAGGUCGGAUCCGCACGCGACGGCAGAGCUCUGGGAGCGCCACCAAUGUCACCUCCACGCCUUCCGACAGUCGGGGCCGCAGCCGCGCCAAAGUGGUCUCACAGUCCCAGCCUGGCAGCCGAUCAAGUUCCCCAGGGAAAUUGUUGGGAAGUGGUUAUAGUGGCCUUGCUGGGGGUUCCUCGAGAGGCCCACCUGCGACACCCUCUUCAGAAAAACGAAGCAAGAUUCCCAGGAGUCAGGGAUGUAGCCGAGAAACAAGUCCAAACCGCAUAGGAUUAGACCGGUUUGGGCUCGGCCAGGCAGGAAGAAUACCUGGCUCUGUGAAUGCCAUGCGGGUUCUGAGCACCAGUGCAGAUCUGGAGGCUGCUGUUGCUGAUGCUUUGCUGUUAGGAGACUCCAGGAGCAAGAAGAAGCCCAUGAGGAGGAGGUAUGAGCCGUACGGGAUGUAUUCUGAUGACGACGCCAACAGCGACGCGUCCAGCGUGUGCUCCGAGCGCUCGUACAGCUCCCGGAACGGGGGCGUCCCCCACUACCUGCGCCAGACCGAGGAUGUGGCCGAGGUGCUCAACCACUGCGCCAGCUCCAACUGGUCCGAGCGCAAGGAGGGGCUCCUGGGCCUGCAGAACCUGCUGAAGAGCCAGAGGACGCUGAGUCGGGUGGAGUUGAAAAGAUUGUGUGAGAUUUUCACCCGAAUGUUUGCUGACCCUCACAGCAAGAGAGUUUUCAGUAUGUUUUUGGAGACUCUUGUGGAUUUUAUAAUAAUUCAUAAGGAUGACUUGCAAGACUGGCUUUUUGUUCUUCUCACACAAUUACUUAAGAAAAUGGGAGCAGAUUUGCUUGGAUCUGUGCAAGCGAAAGUUCAGAAGGCUCUCGAUGUCACAAGGGACUCCUUUCCAUUUGAUCAGCAAUUUAACAUUUUGAUGAGAUUUAUUGUGGAUCAAACCCAAACUCCUAACCUCAAGGUCAAAGUUGCAAUCCUGAAGUACAUCGAGUCUCUCGCCAGGCAGAUGGACCCAACAGAUUUCAUAAACUCUAGUGAGACAAGGCUUGCUGUUUCUAGAAUUAUAACCUGGACGACAGAACCAAAGAGUUCAGACGUGAGAAAGGCAGCACAGAUUGUGCUCAUCUCUCUGUUUGAAUUGAACACUCCUGAAUUUACCAUGUUACUUGGUGCCUUGCCAAAAACAUUCCAGGAUGGUGCCACCAAACUCCUGCAUAACCACCUCAAGAACUCCAGUAACACCAGUGUGGGCUCUCCGAGCAACACCAUUGGCCGGGCUCCCUCUCGACAUCCCAGCAGCCGGACCAGCCCCCUGACCUCCCCCACCAACUGCUCCCGUGGGGGCCUGUCUCCAAGCAUGCUGGAGUAUGAUACCGAGAACCUGAACUCGGAAGAAAUCUACAGUUCUUUGCGUGGAGUGACAGAAGCCAUCGAAAAGUUUAGUUUUCGAAGCCAGGAGGAUCUGAACGAGCCCAUUAAGAGAGACGGCAGGAAGGACUGUGAAGUCGUGUCCCGCGACGGUGGCAUCACCUCCCCCGCCACCGAGGGCCGGGGCGGCAGCGACGCAGUGGAAGGAGGCCGGACGGCUCUGGACAACAAGACCUCCCUCCUCAACACCCAGCCCCCGCGCGCCUUCCCGGGGCCACGGGCGCGGGACUACAGCCCCUACCCCUACUUGGACACCAUCAGCACCUACGACAAGACGGCCCUGAAGGAGGCCGUGUUCGACGACGACAUGGAGCAGCUGCGGGACGUGCCCAUUGACCACUCGGACCUGGUGGCGGACCUCCUGAAAGAGCUGUCCAACCACAACGAGCGGGUGGAGGAGCGCAAGGGUGCCCUGCUGGAGCUGCUCAAGAUCGCGCGCGAGGACAGCCUGGGCGUCUGGGAGGAGCACUUCAAGACUGUCCUGCUGCUGCUGCUGGAGACGCUGGGGGACAAGGACCACUCCAUCCGCGCCCUGGCACUCAGGGUGCUGCGGGAGACCUUGAGAAGCCAGCCGGCAAGGUUUAAACACUACGCAGAGCUGACGAUCAUGAAGACGCUGGAAGCCCACAAAGACUCCCACAAGGAGGUGGUGAGGGCUGCCGAGGAGGCCGCGUCCACGCUGGCCAGCUCCAUCCACCCGGAGCAGUGCAUCAAAGUGCUGUGCCCCAUCAUCCAGACGGCCGACUACCCCAUCAACCUGGCCGCCAUCAAGAUGCAGACCAAAGUCGUCGAGAGGAUCGCCAAGGAGUCCUUGCUGCAGCUCCUCGCGGACAUCAUCCCGGGCCUGCUGCAGGGUUACGACAACACCGAGAGCAGCGUGCGUAAGGCCAGCGUGUUUUGCUUAGUGGCGAUUUAUUCCGUAAUCGGAGAAGAGUUGAAACCUCACCUGGCACAGCUCACGGGCAGCAAGAUGAAGCUGCUCAACUUAUACAUAAAGAGGGCGCAGACCACGAACAGCAACAGCAGUUCCUCAUCCGACGUCUCCACGCACAGCUAACGCGGCGCCAGAGCCCCAUGUAGCCCUGGAAGCCAUCGGUGGUGCCUCUCAGAGAACUCCUCCUCCCCCCCAUCGGCUGCCCAGUCAGUACCAGGAGGCCCGCAAAUAUUUAUUACAAUCAGUAUUUUGAUCCCUUCCAGCUUUUGUGUAGAAUCAUACUGGUAUUGAAUGUAAAGGAAGCAAGGCCUGCAUUGCAUCUUCCUACAAAACAAAACAAAAGGAGUAAGAAAAGAAGAGCCAUACUUAAACCGUCUCAUCCAGCCUGCUGAGGUCGCAAAACCGUGUGUGUGGGGUGCAGUUUUUAAAAAUCAGAGCUCUCUAGCCGAUACCUGGUAGAAAGUAGCAUUUUCUCUUCAGUUAAUAAGAUUGGAGGAGGUUGGGUUAAGUUGUGUUUCUCUUUCAUCUCGGCCUCCUUGCUUCUGGAUGUGGCCUGUGUGGGGCAAAGCCCCACGCCUUCCACAACUGACACCAUGAAAGGGUUUGUACGUUGUGAGUUGUGUUUUGAGACCUACUAAGAAUAUGAAUCAAGUCUUGGCAAGAAGUGGGAGAAAAGCCUGAAGAUGGCCUUUUAACGAACACGUGGUAUCGUGCUCACCGUCUCCGGACUGGAGGCUGACGCCCUGCGCAGUCUCCUUCCAGGAUGGGCUCCUGCCCCUCUGAGCAACCCCACCGAUGCCGCCUCUGCCCCAGAGCUGCCACUUGAGAGACUUCUUAGAGGUGAAACCCAAACACAAAAAUCAAGGUAAAUAGACAGCCUUGGUUAGCGUGUGCUUGAAAUGGCCCUUCGUGCUGCGUCAAAGAUACCGGAGAAGCUGCUCGUUUUACUGCCGAGAUCCUGGGAAACACUAUUUAACAGCGCUUCCCCUGUGACCCUGGCCCCUGGUGGUGCAGAUUUAGGGCCCCCUCGCUUCCCUUCCCCAACCCGCGCCUGAGCGGCUCGAUUCUAAGAUGUUCUCGGUUAGUCUGGUAAAUGGCAGCCCUGCCAUCUCAGUUUUGAAUUCUCUGUUUAAUUUGGGAUUGAGAUCAAAGAAAAAUCUAGAGAGACCAGGUAUCAGGAUCUUUUUUUUUUUUUUAAUUUUAUGGACUUAAGUACUUGCUUUAUCCUCUGUUGAGAGAAUCAUGGUUUUAAGAAAAAAGUAAUUGUGUGUGUCGGAUCGCAGAAAAACAGGAUUGGAAACACAGGUUUAGAGUCAAAUUCUUCAGUGAGAAACUUACCCCUUUAAAAUUCCUUCUUGAGGGUUUCACUGCUUCAGUGAAAGCAACUCCAGAUCAGGACCCUGGUUAACAAAGUUUGGAGUAAAAGGCUUCAAGCCAAAUGGAAGCUCAAUGCGGUCAGGAAGGCGUCUGUCGUCUCUUAGUUUCCACCGUAGCCCCUGUAAACGGAACUGACUUUUCCAUAUUGUUAAUGAGGUGUUUGCUGCUCUGGCGCCCAGUCCCUGCAGCUGCCAGGCUGUGUGGCUCUCACCCCUGAGCUGCACAGCCCCGCACGUAGCUUGUUGUCAUUCAGAAUCGACUUCAGAUACUUUAUGCGGAAAUAGGCACUGAAAACGGAGGUCCGGGAGCAGUGAGGCCGGGGCGCCUUCACUGCGUGCGUGCGUGCGCGUGCGUGCUGCGUGCGCGCGCUUUGUGCGUGCGUGCGCGUAGCGGGUGUCCUGCACGUGCGGGAGGGCCCGCGCUGCUGCCGUUGAGGGAACUUCAGGGGCGCGCUUUACAUGGUCGAACGUUAUUGGCUUCUUUUCGGCUCGGAACCUAGCAGGAGCAGGCCUUACGUCCAUUGUUGUUUGUUCUUACGUCACUCACGGGGUCGCUUUCUUGCCCUCUACCAUCGUCAGCGUCUGAUGACUCCUCUGGGGCAGCACCUGUGUUCCGCCGGGUUAUUUCCGAGUCCUUCCUGGCGAGCGCGUGUGGAAAGGCCUCUCUCCUUCAGCUCGUGGACGCCCAGGUGGCCGCGGCCCCGCCCGCGCUGGGGAAGGACCUUGAACGUGGCCGCGCGCGUCCUCCUGGCGCUCACAAAGGGCUAGCCUUGAAUGUCACUUGCCCAGCCUUGAUGUCCCGACCCAGCGGGAGCCGCCCGCACCCGACCGACAGCUGCAGCUGCCCUGCCCCACCGCCUCCCUGCAGGCGUCCUGUUUGGAUGAAACGGCAGAACACAGGCGAGCAGAGCACCCGAGACUCGGUCCGCCUCCCCCGUUGGCCUGACUGUCCAGGGCCCCGAAAAGCCCCGACGCCACCGCCGGGGCCAGAUCGCCGGGCUCCCGCUUCCCCUCUAGCUGCUGAGGCCCAGGGGGAGGCGCGUGGCCUUCCUGGGGCCACUGCAGCCACGGGCCGCCCGCCACGGCCCCAUAGCUUCUCAGUCAUGCAGCUGCACCUGAUCCGUCUCCUGAAUCUUUUUCUUGCCCCACCACCCUUAAUUUAUCAAGCAUAAUAUUACACGUUAAGGAACAGCAAAUAAGAACUUUGUAGAAUCCCACCAGGACUUUGCUAACCAUGAUAUUUGGAGAUGAAAAAACUGCUCUGAAAAAUAUCAGCCACCAAAAUAGUUUUGUCAGCACUGUUCACACGCAUGGUCCCUACACCCCCAGGUUGGGUUUUUGGUUUUGGUUUUUGGUUUUUUUGGGCUUUUUCAUGUUACAUCCAUAUCUGUAUUUAUAUCUUAUUUGUUUCACUUUCAAGUGUAUCAUGGCAAAUGUACAGAUUUUUUGUUGUUGUUAAUAAUGUGCUAGGAUUUGCUAAAAAAGAAAACAAGAAAAAAAACCCUUUUGAGUUUGCUCUAGAAUAAAUGAGACUUAAUUCAGUUUC